AUGAAUUCUUCUCAAUUCAUUUUGUGGAUAUGUCUUUGUUCUAUCAGUAUUAUUCAUGGUUUAUCAAUUGAACGAGCUUCAUUUCUAUCAUAUCAAGAAAAUGACGUUCAUCUACGUAUUGCACGUGCAGUAGGAGACACAACAACAACAACUGAGGCCCUUCUUUGCAUGUGUCCUUGUGCUUGCACAACAACGACGACAACAACAACUACAUCAACUACAAGUACAACUUCAACAUCAACAACAAGUACUUCAACUACUAGCACGUCUACAACUAGUAGCACUUCUACAACUAGUACUUCGACAACUACUAGUACUACAUCAACAACGACCAGUGUAACAACAAGUACAUCAAGCACAACCUCUACUGCUACGACGUCAACAACAAGUACUACCAGCACCACCUCAACAACAACUAGUGAAACAACAAGUACUACAAGUACAACAUCCACUACUACAACAUCGACCAGUACAACUUCCAUUACGACAUCAUCUACUAGUACAACUUCUACUAGUUCAACUUCCACUAGUACAACAUCGACAACAUCAACUACAGCAACAACAUCGACAACAGCAACAACAGCAACAACAAGUACAACAUCAACAACAACUAGUGAAACAACAAGUACUACAAGCACAACUUCGACAACGACGUCAGCAACAACUAGCACUAGUAGUACUUCUUCGACUAGUACAUCUUCGACUAGUACAACAUCAACAACAAGUACUACAAGCACAACCGCAACAAGUACAUCAACAUCAACAAGCACUACUAGUACAACUUCAACAAGUACAACAUCGAUAACAACCACUACUAGUACAUCUUCCAGUAGUACAACAUCAACAACAAGUACUACGAGUACAACCUCAACUACAACUACUCAUACAACAACUACCACAAGUACAACAGAUUCAAGUACAACAGUAACAACUAGUACUUCCAGUACAUCUUCCACUAGUAGUUCUAUACAACAUCAACUACAAGCACUACAAGUACAACAUCAACAAGCACAACGUCAACAACCAGCACUACUAGUUCAACUUCGACAAGUUCAACUUCGACAAGUACUUCGAGUACAUCAAGUACUACUAGUACAACUUCUACUAGUACAACAGCGACAACAUCGACAACAAGUAGCACGAGCACAACGUCAACAACAACUAGUGCAACAACAAGUACUACAAGCACAACCUCAACAACAACUAGUGAAACAACAAGCACUACAAGCUCAACUUCGACAAGUACGACGUCAACUACCAGUACUACAAGCACAACUUCUACAAGUACGUCGACAACAGCUAAUACUACCGUUACAACAGGGACAACUACGACGGCGACAACUAGUACUACAACCACAGCCACUACAAGUACUUCGAGUACAUCAAGUACUACUAGUACAACUUCGACAAGUUCAACAUCGACAACAAGUAGUACUAGUUCAACUUCCACUAGUACAACCGCAACAACAUCGACAACAAGUACUACAAGUACAACUUCCACUAGUACAACAUCGACAACUAGUACUACAAGCACAACUUCGACAACGACGUCAGCAACAACGAGCACUACUAGUACAACUUCUACUACUACAUCAGCGACAACAAGUACUACAAGCACAAGUUCAACAAGCACAUCAGCAACAACCAGUACUACUAGCACAAGCUCAACAAGCACGUCAGCCACAACUAGUACUACCAGUACAACUUCAACAACUACGACAUCAACUACCAGUACUUCAACUACUAGUACUUCCACAAGUAGUACUUCUACCAGUACUAGUAGCACA